UACCUAUUUAUUAGAGAUAACUUUAUAUGAAUUUUUUUAAUAAUAAUAUUAAUCAAAACAACAAAGAAAUUAUAAAAAAUUAUUCAUGAGUCGUAUAAAUAAUCGAGAAGUUAAAACAUAUUCAACAUUCCCAAACACUACCUGUCCAACUCCAGGUACCAGUGCAUCCACAUCAACAAUGACACCAACAAUAACGAUUACUAAAUCACAAUCAAGUGGUAUUUCAUACAAAUUGAAACGGUUUUGGGAUUUUGUAUCACUGUUGACGGUCGAGCCCUAUCUGCUGGCCUUUAUGUUUGUGUACACUAUGAAAGGGGUGCCCACCACACAACUGGCACAGGACAAGAUAUGCAGGUUUGUCUAUAACCUACCGGCCAACUAUUGUUCAGCGUUGCCUACAAUGACCGAUAAAGAUGACUAUUUACAUAAAAAAUCAGAAAUAUUAAGCGAAGGCACUAGUUUUACACUGUAUUCGGUAGUCAUACUGACCAUACCAUCGGUGAUUGCAUCCCUGUUCAUCGGUUCGUGGACUGACAAGUAUUUAAAUGCCAAAAAAGUUUUACUAAUAGGCGGUGCAUUGGCCGCCAUAUGCGAGUGUUCACUAUUGAUCAUCAAUGACUACUGUUUUGAAAUAUCCUACUACUAUAUAUUGUUGAGUAUGGUUCCCAAUGUCUUCUCCGGUAGUCUAUUGGCCAUAUUGUGUGCCAUCUGGUCAUACAUAGCAUCGACUACACCGCCACACAUGAGAGCAAUAAGGAUGACAUUUGCAGAGAUAGCCAUGGCCUUAGGUACUCCAUUGGGCACCUAUUUAGGCGGUAUAGUGUUAAAUACGACACCCAUGUUCUCAAACGGACAGUUACAUAAUUACUCGGGUGUCUAUGCCAUUGCUGGUGUAACCUAUGUAUUGGCAUUGUGUUGGACCAUAUUUAUGGUUAAUGAAAAACGGGAUAUCCGUCUAUGGGAACAGAGAUUCAGAAAUUCAUGUGAUGAUAAUGAUGUAGAGUUUGAGACCCGCGUUGAAAAUAAGAUAAAACGAUAUGACGAUUACCGACACAUACAUCCCAUUAAAUUAUUGGUUAACAUAAAAAACGUUAAAGAAAUGUGGUCGACCUGUGCUAAGCCCAGGGCUAAUUUAGUACGAAUACAGAUAUGGCUAUUGUUUCUAUCGGUGUCGUGUUAUAUGCUAUCACAUGUCGGUCCCAUUAUAUUUUUGUUUCAAUUCACACAAAAAGUAUACUCUUGGAACUCACAAAUGUAUAGCAAUGGGUCGGCAAUAUCUAGCUUUACUAUAGCAUUGGCCACUAUAAUCAUUGCACCGGUGCUUAUUAGGGUUUUCAAACUAAAAGACACAACUUUAUCAUUGAUUGGAUUGCUUUCAUAUUUUGCUCAAAACUUAAUACGUGGUGUAGUUUUGACAUCCAAUGGUUUUUACUAUUCAAUACUACCCGGCUGUCUGGGUUCAGUUGGGGGUAUUGGUAUUAAAUCGCAUUUCUCAAAAAUUGUGACACCACAAGAAAUUGGUAAAGUGUUUAGCUGUUUGGCCACCAUUGAGGCCAUAACACCGCUGAUUGCGGCCGGCAUUUUCACUACACUAUUCAAUGCUACCAUAAAUACAAAUCCCGGUUUAGCGCUUAUUGUUGUGGCCGGACUGUUAGUCAUACCAUUUACGGCUAUGAUUUGGAUUCAUUUUUGCACAAAACUACCUGAUCUUAGCGGUAGUAGUGAUCAUCCAUCUAAUGAUAGCACUAUUGUUGACGACAAUAAAUUUAGUGUAAAUAAUAGCAUAAAUGUUAGUAAUUUGAACGAUAAUAGUUGUGUGGUUAAAGAUAAUACAUUAAAUCAAUUGUAAAUAAUGUAUAUAUUUAUAAUUAUAUUAUACUUAAGU